AUGAGGAACUCGGUCAACGGAGUAGCGGCAAUCUAUCUUCUGCUGCACUGCGUGUCAGGAUCGGUGCCCAAACCAUCCGGGCUGCAGUCGGGAAGUCCGUUCAUGAGUAUACCGCGCAACUUCUGGCAGGAGAUAUCCGUGCCCUACACCGACCUUCCCAGUGACGACGACGAGCAGGAGGAUGAGUCGAUCGAAAGCACCACACACGAUCCGUAUCCGUUCUUCGACGAUGCCAACAUGACCGCCAACGUUACCACGCAGCUCGGUGGGGACGUGUAUUUGCACUGCCGCGUGAACGAUCUGCGUGAGCGUACGGUGUCUUGGGUUCGACGAAAGGGUGACGAAAUUCACCUCAUCACUGUUGGUCGCCAGACGUAUAGUAGUGAUUCGCGGUACUCGCUUCAGUACCAGCCUCCCAACGACUGGCAGCUGCUUAUCCAGUACUCGAACGAACGGGAUGAGGGUCACUACGAGUGCCAGAUUUCGUCCUAUCCACCACUAGUCUACCUGGUCUACCUGAUUGUUGUCGUUCCUCGCGUAGAAAUCAUAGAUGAGAGAGGUCAGGCGACGCUCGAUAAGUUCUACAAAGCCGGUAGCACAAUAGAGCUGAAGUGCAUCAUCAGUCGAGUGCCCCAGCCGACCAGCUACGUCACCUGGAAGCACGGCAUGCGGAUGCUCAACUACGACACCAGCCGAGGCGGUAUCAGCGUUAAAACGGAUCUUCUUCCCGGUGGAGCUAUGAGCCGGCUGUACAUCGCCAACGCCAACCGGUACGACACCGGUAACUACACGUGCGCCCUUGCAGACAUCGCGCAGGCUACCGUGUCGGUGCACGUGUUAAAUGGGGAAAAUCCCGCCGCAAUGCAGCAUGGCAGUGGCCCGCAAUGGCGACCGUUGGUCAGUCUGUUAAUCUUCGUCCAACUGGCGGUGGUGGGUUUUUCCGGUGGCCGGUGACUGUAGACCAACGAAUCCUAGCGAUCUCUGCCCUCCGGCUGGCAGCCUCCUACUUGAACCUCAUCAUUUCUCUGCCAACUCAGCCAUUUCAAAAGUG